UAACCAAUAAUGUCAACUCAACUCAACUCAACCGAUCCUGUUCAUUUAACUUUAACUGCCCUCGCCCGGUGGAAGUGUAUGUAAAGGGAAAGGAAGGAGCCAGCCAGGCCAGUCCACCAUUACCAUAUCAUCAUCAUCAUCGGAGAGAAUAGAAUAGAAUAGAAUAGAAUGGAGCUUCGUCUCAGCUCCCGCUUUUCCACGACGAAUCCUUAUCCUGUUCCUGUUUUCAUUGAACCCCCCUCAACCUCAAUAUCAUCCUUGUCGUCAAAUACACGCCGCCGUGUCAUCACAUUUCUGAGAAUAUCAGCAUCGUCAUCGGCGGGGGCGUUGGAGCAACCUGGAGGGAAGAUGGUGGUUGAGUUGGUUGGGGCUUUCAACGAGCUGACCGAGAGAAUGAGCACCGUGCUCUCCACCAGCUCCUCCCGCUUGCUCUUCAAGGCCCUCAAGCUUUCUAUUCCUAUUCUCCACUCCCUCCCACUUCUCCCCGACGGUCGCUCUCCCCUCUCCAAAGCCUUGUCUCUCGCCUUGAUUCUCGCCGAUCUUCAGAUGGACGUUGAAGUUAUUUCUGCUGGAAUACUUCGUGAAAUCAUAGAGGAAGGUGCUAUAUCCAUGUGCGAAGUUAAGGAUCGCAUCGGAACUGCUACUGCUCAUCUUCUACAUGAAUGCAUUCGAUUAAAAAGCAUUGCUACAAAGGUGGAGGACCUGGAUGACCAGAGCACUUCAGCACUAAGGAAGUUUUGCCUUACAUACUAUGAUGUGAGGGCUAUUAUUCUUGACUUAGUUCUCAAGGUUGACAUGAUGAGGCACCUCGACUAUCUCCCUAGGCACAAACAGCAAAUGAUUUCUCUAGAGGUCAUGAAGAUAUAUGCCCCACUAGCACAUGCUGUUGGAAUAAACCUUCUAUCCCUUGAACUGGAAGAUCUCUCAUUCCAAUAUCUGUUUCCUUAUUCAUACCUCUAUGUUGACACUUGGUUGAGGAGCCAUGAGACUGGAAGUAGGCCGCUCAUAGAGAUAUACAAGGAGCAAUUGCUUCAAUCCCUGAGAUCUGAUCAAUGUUUAACUGAAAUAGUAGAAGAUAUAUCAGUUGAAGGUCGUUACAAGAGUCGUUUCAGUACCAUGAAGAAGCUACUGAGAGAUGGGCGCAGAGCCGAGGAAGUUAAUGAUAUCUUAGGAUUAAGAGUGAUAUUGAGCCCUGCGUCUGGAGUAAAUUCUUCUGCACUUGGAGAGAGAGCCUGCUAUAGAGCACGUGAGAUCGUCCAAUCAUUGUGGAAAGAAAUGCCAAGCAGGUCCAAAGAUUAUAUCAUGCAGCCCAAAGCUAAUGGAUACAAGAGCUUACACAUGGCUGUUGAUAUUAGUGAAAAUGGUAGGAAAAGGCCACUGAUGGAAAUACAGAUUCGCACGACAGAAAUGGAUUUGUUGGCAGCUGGUGGCACUGCAUCACAUGCAUUAUACAAAGGGGGUCUUACUGAUCCAGAAGAGGCUAAACGACUUAAGGCUAUUAUGAUGGCUGCAGCUGAACUAGCAGCACUGCGACUCAAAGAUUUUCCUUCCACAAAUCAUAGAAGUCUAGAUUUUGAUCACAGAAAUCGAGUCUUCCGUCUGUUAGACAAGAAUGGAGAUGGUAAACUCAGCAUUGAAGAGCUUAUGGAAGUAAUGGAAGAGCUCGGUGCUCAAGGAGAAGAUGCUAGGGAGAUGAUGGAAGUCCUUGAUUCGAACAGCGAUGGUUCUCUGAGCACCGAUGAAUUUGAUUUGUUCCAGAAACAGGUUGAACUUGUGCAUAAUUUAGAGGACAGAGAUGUCCGGUACAAAACACUGUUGCACGAGAAGCUUCAAAUGGAAGAUAGAGCGGAACAGCAAUUGAAUACAGCAAAGUUGAAAAACAUACUUGUAGAAAGCCAGUGUGAUGAUUAUCAGGUAAGUUUCGGACAUGAGAACCUAUAGAAUGAUUUGUGUUGUCAAUAGUGUUACUUGUUUGGUUGUGUAGUUUGACAACCCACCUUUUAUAUAGUUAACUUGCUCUGUAAAUAGAAUUUCCACAUGGUUAACUCUCGAAGUUCUUUACCCUUUCAUAGAAUUCUUCAAGUGCCUCAAGCUUGAGUGUACUAAUGAAGACCUACUACUGAACCAAGGUGUCAUAUGUUAGUUUGUAGCUCAAAUUGCAAUCCCACGGACUUGCCUCUGAGUGGACGGUGACUACAGUGCUGAACAUAAAAUUCAGUACCAGUACCGUAUUGAAUAGCACAUCAUGUGUUAACAGACAACACACGGUAUUAUCACAGA